CCCCGGACCUCGCCGGCACCAUGCCCACUCCCAACGCUGCCACGCCGCAGGCCAAGGGCUUCCGCAGGGCCGUCUCCGAGCUGGAUGCCAAGCAGGCCGAGGCCAUCAUGACCCCGCGCUUCAUCGGGCGCCGGCAGAGCCUCAUCGAGGAUGCACGCAAGGAGCGGGAGAAGGCGGAGGCCGCGGCGGCCGCGGCGGAGCCCGGGGAGCUGGAGGCGGUGGCGUUCGAGGAGAGGGACGGCAAGGCCGUACUGAACCUGCUCUUCACCCUGCGGGGCACCAAGCCCUCCUCGCUGUCCCGUGCCGUGAAGGCUUUUGAGACAUUUGAAGCCCAAAUCCACCACCUGGAGACCCGGCCUGCCCAGAGGCCACGGGCAGGGGGGCCCCACCUGGAGUACUUUGUGCGCUGUGAGGUGCCCACCGCCGACCUGCCCGCCCUGCUCAGCUCCGUGCGCCGGGUGGCGGAGGAUGUGCGUGGCGCAGGGGAGAACAAGGUCCUCUGGUUCCCAAGGAAAGUUUCCGAGCUGGACAAGUGUCACCACCUGGUCACCAAGUUUGAUCCUGACCUGGACUUGGAUCAUCCGGGCUUCUCAGACCAGGUGUACCGCCAGCGCAGGAAGUUGAUUGCCGACAUAGCCUUCCAGUACAAGCACGGUGACCCGAUUCCCCGCGUGGAGUACACGGUCGAGGAGAUCGCCACCUGGAAGGAGAUCUAUACCACCCUCAAGGGCCUCUACGCCACCCACGCCUGCCGCGAGCACCUGGAGGCUUUCGAGCUGCUGGAGCGCUUCAGCGGCUACCGGGAGGACAACAUCCCCCAGCUGGAGGACGUGUCCCGCUUCCUGAAGGAGCGCUCUGGCUUCCAGCUGCGGCCCGUGGCCGGCCUGCUGUCCGCCCGGGACUUCCUGGCCAGCCUGGCCUUCCGCGUGUUCCAGUGCACCCAGUACAUCCGCCACGCCUCCUCGCCCAUGCACUCCCCCGAGCCGGACUGCUGCCACGAGCUGCUGGGGCACGUUCCCAUGCUGGCCGACCGGACCUUCGCCCAGUUCUCCCAGGACAUCGGCCUUGCGUCCCUGGGGGCAUCGGAUGAGGAAAUUGAGAAGCUGUCCACGCUGUACUGGUUCACGGUGGAGUUUGGGCUGUGCAAGCAGAACGGAGAGGUGAAGGCCUACGGUGCGGGGCUGCUGUCCUCCUACGGGGAGCUCCUGCACUCCCUGUCCGAGGAGCCUGAGAUCCGGGCCUUCGACCCCGAGGCUGCAGCUGUGCAGCCCUACCAGGACCAGACUUACCAGCCUGUCUACUUCGUGUCGGAGAGUUUCAGCGACGCCAAGGAGAAGCUUAGGAGCUACGCCUCCCGUAUCCAACGCCCCUUCUCCGUGAAGUUUGACCCGUACACGCUGGCCAUUGACGUGCUGGACAGUCCCCAUGCGGUCCGGCGCUCCCUGGAGGGCAUCCAGGAUGAGUUGCAUGCCCUCACCCAUGCGCUCAACGCCAUCGGCUAGUGCAGCAGGCGCCACCCUGCGGGCCGGCCCUGGGGUCUCCCAGCCCUUCCCCGGCUCCCCCAGCCCCUGCGCAUGUGAGGGGCUGGGUCACAGGGCACCCCAGAGACCGUCAGAGGCCCUCCCUGUCGGAGGGCACCCCGCCGACCCCACCCUGCCGCUUCUCAGCUCCGCCUGCAGCUGUCCUCGUCCGGCUGUGCCGCCCGCCGCCCGCCUGUGACGCUGUGCUGCCCGUGCCUGUCUCAAUAAAAGAAAGUCCCUCUG